ACUGUGGGGGCGGAGCGCGUGCGCGGCGGGACGGGAGCGGGGCCUCGGCCGCACGUGGGCAGGCGGCGGUGGCGGCAGGUGAUGUGAGGAUGACCAUGGCCCAGGCUGGAGCCGUAGUUGCAGCUGCCACGGGACUCCUCGUCUUCUUCCUGUACUCCUCCAUCCACAAGGUUGAGGAGGGGCACCUGGCUGUCUAUUACAGGGGUGGUGCGUUGUUAACUAGUCCAAGUGGACCAGGCUACCACAUCAUGCUCCCGUUCAUUACCACUUUCAAAUCCGUGCAGACCACGUUGCAGACUGAUGAAGUGAAAAAUGUGCCUUGUGGGACAAGUGGUGGUGUUAUGAUCUACAUUGACCGAAUAGAAGUUGUGAAUAAAUUGGCACCAUAUGCAGUGUACGAUAUUGUGAGAAACUACACUGCAGACUACGAUAAGACUUUGAUCUUCAAUAAAAUUCAUCAUGAGCUGAAUCAGUUCUGCAGUGCCCAUACCCUGCAGGAAGUAUACAUUGAGCUGUUCGAUCAGAUAGAUGAGAAUCUGAAGUUGGCCCUGCAGAAAGAUCUCAAUGUCAUGGCACCAGGUCUCACUAUCCAGGCUGUGCGUGUUACAAAACCCAAAAUCCCAGAAGCUAUCCGAAGAAAUUUUGAGCUAAUGGAAGCUGAGAAGACCAAGCUGCUGAUAGCAGCCCAGAAGCAGAAGGUAGUAGAGAAGGAGGCAGAGACAGACCGGAAGAAAGCGCUUAUUGAGGCAGAGAAGGCUGCUCAGGUGGCGAGGAUUCACUAUCAACAGAAGAUUAUGGAGAAGGAAACAGAGAAGCGAAUUUCUGAGAUUGAAGAUGCUGCAUUCCUAGCAAGAGAGAGAGCAAAAGCUGAUGCGGAGUACUACACUGCUCGGAAGCUGGCUGAUUCCAACAAGCUGAAACUUACCCCUGAGUAUCUGGAACUAAUGAAAUAUCAAGCAAUAGCUGCGAACAGCAAGCUGUAUUUUGGUGACCGCAUCCCUAACGUGUUUCUGGAUUCCUGUGCCUUCCAGCAAGCUAAUCUGAGGACUGCACAAGAACCAGCCUUCCUUCACAGGAGGCCCCAGAGACCUCUGGAGAAAGCCACCUCAGAGCAAAGGAAAGCACUGGCUGACAGAGGUAGAAAGAUACCUGGUAUAGCUCAACAGCUAGCCCAGCUGUGAAUGGGGAUGUUGCCCUGUGCUGGUGGGGCGGAUGCAGCGCAUGCAUGGACAUCUUGUGUAUAGGUGGCAGCUGGGUUGAUUUUCUUCUAGCAACACAUUGCAAGUGCUCUGCCUCUUCCGUUUCUUCCCCUAUUAAAUUGGUGCUUCCAAAUGAGGGAUAAUCCUGUAUUAACAUACCUAUACUGGAAUAUUAAAAGACAGACACCAGGAAAGCCUUCCCGCAGUAGGUGCAAUUAUUUAGCAAGCAUUGCUCUGGAGGUAGGAGAUGUGGCUUUGAGUGCUAUGUUACCGCACACUGGCUGUUCCCCAGUGCUCCUCGCUGAGGCCGAGCGAAGAGGUUUCCUUUGUCCUGCUGAUGAAGCUUCGCUUUGUGGACUCCGAGGCAGGUUUCUACUGGUGCAAUCUAACUCUUCUCAAGGACUUCAAUGGAGUGGGCUCUUCUUGGCCAGCACAGGCUGCAUGUUCCUGCUCAGGACAAGGCCUGCUGACAGGACAAGUGGUUUGGUGUGGAAUAGGUUAUUUGAAUAGGAUCUGCAUAGCCAUAAUCUUUCCUGUAGGCAGUGGCACUUCAAUAACAACUUGGAGCAAGCAAUCUCUAACAGGCUUCUGUAACUCCUCCUUUCCAAGCAAGAGUCUCGUGCUGGCAGCCCAUGACUGACUGUAGUAUGUUUCAGCUGGGUGGCUGGGUCUCACCUUGCACCCUAAACCAGAUUUCAGAGUGCAUGGAGCACCUCCAAGCAGCUGGUAACAGAGCUGGGAAAUGUUUGCUCAGACCCCAGUGUCCCUGUAGGUCUUUUCACCAGGGAAAGGGGGCUGAAUUUCCACUGCUCUGCCUUGCUGGCAAAGUGAAGGGGAAGAGUGAAGAGACCCUGCUCUGCAGCAGAUCAGAUGUUUGACACCUCACCUGCAAAGUAGGUGAGGCAUCACUGCUCCCCAGUGUGAAAUCCACCACUCCAGGAAGAAGUGGGACCUGCCUCAUGUGUCCUUGAACAGCCGCGGUGGGGAGUCUCAUGCUGGUCCUCUUAUCACUGGCCAGGCUUUGCUGCAUCACAGGGCUUUUAACUCAGGAGCAGUACUGGCAGGAGGAUCUUUUCUCCUGGUGUGUGUUGUAAUACAUCCAACCCCUGCUCCCUGUGUGCUACUGCAGAGCGAGACAAAGAGAUGUGCUCCGGGGGGGGAAAUCUGCUGGUACGAUCUGCUUUCCUCUUUUCCCCUCUCCUCCCCUUUUGCCUGCGAGGACGUGCUUGUUUCUAGGACCUGUUUCUCAUGUUCUGCAGCAAUACCAGAAGACAAUGACUGGGGAAGCAACUGGCAAGAGCUUGAGCUGGAUGCAUUGCCUGCGUCUGAACCUACCAUAUGUUCAGAGACUGCCUCUGCUCUGCCAGCCUGGGAUAUCUAUACAUUCAUCCUGCUUUCCUGUCCCCUCAGGUGCAGCCAUAUGCAGUGCCUCAGCCCUGGCGCAGUUCACCAGACGGGCCCGUUGGUGGUGAUGGGCUGGUUCUGUCCCUGGCACCAUCUACAGCCUUGUGGCAAUGGGAGGAACAUGCUUGGCUUUUGCCUUGGUGAAACAUUCAACCCAAAAUGAAUGGCCUGAACUUCACCUCUGCUAACGAUUGCCCCAAAUGAGUUGUGUGGGCUUCAGGCUUUCCAGUGCUGUUUUCCUAUCUUGUGUGGCUUGACUCGGAAGAUGGCAGCAUCUCUCCUCAAGGAAGUCUGGUAACAUAUGGUGCCUUAUGCUGUCUCAUCUGCUCUGGCUGCCCCUCCAUCUCUGGGGCGGAGCAGGGAUGCAUUGACCCUGCCUCUUCUGCUGCCACUGCUGGCCAGCUUGGGUAAUACAUGACUGUGGGACUUCGCAGCAGCUUCAGAUGGUCGGUCUUUCCUCUCUGUCUGCAAACUCCUAAGGCCCAGUUGGUGCUCUGUUCCAAGAUACCAGCUCUUCUUCAAACCCAGCCACAGCAGGAGCCAGGGACCAGGACCCUGCCCCAGUGAGAGGCCAGCUGAAGGAGCUGAGCACCAAUUCCAGCUUCCAGGGAGGUUAUGCAUGAGCAUGCUUCCUUGUGCUCUGAGGGUGGCAGGAAGGGUACUGCUGUCACCAGGAGGAGAGGUUUCUCCAGUUCUUGCUGUACACACCUGGUGCACAGGGAUUCUGGCACAGCCAUGUGUCUUGCAGAUCCCAGCCUGGGGAGCGCUGAGCUGAGGUUUUGCACUGGGGGCUCAUGUCUUCACCUGCCAAAGGCUUGGGCAAACAGUACCCUCCUGGUGCAGAGCAGCCUUUGAAGGAUGCUGAUGGGCAGAGGAGCAGGAAGGGUGUCUGUAUGUCACGAUGGAAGGCAGCUCAGCCAGCUGGAGCCCAUGGCUAAUGGCAGGAGAGCAGUGGGCAGCCAUGGCAUUGGCCCCACCAGACCCUGCAGUGCCCUCCCCAGGGGAAGGGUACCAGGGCAGAGAGGGCAUGGGCAGCGUAUGUUGUAGCUGUGGUGUUCAAAAUGUCUGCUGGAAGUACUUUUGACUUGCCAGGUCCCCUUUUUCCUGUGGGAGGGGGGAGUUGCAUCUCUUUGACCCUCCACCUGCUUGAUGUUGCUGGCUUGCAGCAGGCCCUUUGCAGCAGAAACACGGCCUAUCCUCGCUCCAGCAGCAGCCAGUUUGGUUGAAUUUUGAGACAAAGGUAGGCUUUUUAGAACAGAAGCACUGCUGGAGGUGAUGUUGACUUGUCUCCAUGUUAUAUACACUGGGGUUGGGCACUACCCAGUGCUUGCAUAAAACCCUAGGCAUCAGGCUGGGUGGACAGGGUAGAUUCUGCCAGCCUGCAGAUGACAAGAAGGAAGGGCAUGAGGGGAACCACUAGAAGCAAUAACCAGGCAUCUCACAGCUUGCGUGCAGUGAUCAGAGUGAGAUCCCAGUGCAGGGAGCAGGAAGGCCAUUCAGGCCAGAAUUCUUCCCUUUGGAUCUGAGCCUUGGUGGGCGGCCAGGUGGAUGCAUGGAUUUGUCGUUAGUGGCUGUCACUCUGGCUAAAUGUCAUCCUCCUCUGGUUGGGUAUGCAUCAGCCACCUCCUACCUGUGUGGUCUGAGGGACACUGGGGGAUGCUCCUGCAGUUUGAAGUCCUGCAGCAACAUGUGCAUGAUUCUCAGUGCCUUCUGCAAAAGCUUCCUCCAUCCCUCUCUGUUUCCCCAGCCACCACUUCAGAAGCCUGAGCAGGUGUGCAAGAGGAGGGAAUCACCGUGGCUUUAACACCCUAGUUUGGGCUUUGCUUCUCUCUGAGCUGGGAGCUGUAGAGCAGGAACAUGGGUGCAACCAGGAAUGUGGGAUUGAAGUGGGUUUUUCUUCUCCAUUCAAAAGGCUGGUGUGGUCCUGUGACUAAAGGGGUCUGCCACUGGAUCUGCACCUUCUUCAAGGAAACAGAAUACGUAUGUUUGAGUUUACAUGCACAGUGUUAAGUUCUUUUGAUAAAGCAGAAUAAAAUUAUUUUGUUACCA